UUUCGCGAUGCUCUCCUGUCAGUGCUAAAUGCAACUGACAUACUCGGCGCUGGACAAUACCAGAUGAGCCAUUUGUGGUUGGUGACAUGCGUUAAUAGCAUCGCGAAACAGAAACUUGUCGACAAAGGCGAGUUGUUGGUGAAGGGCCUCAAGUGCCUUGUCAUUGACCCUGAAUGCAAGAAUAUCAAGAUGAAGCUUCUUUGGCUUCCCCCACACCUCGAACAGAGACGGAUUGUUGAAGCGCUAGAGCCAUAUGGCACAGUGCAGUCCAUCACGAGAGAAAUGUGGCGGUGUGACGGCAUGGAGGGCUGGCAAAUGACUAACCGAGACGUGGCGUUCACAUUGAAAGAUGGCGUUUCUGCCAGUAAUCUGCCACAUCUGUUGAGCAUAUAUGGCCACCAGUGCCUUAUCUUGGUACCUGGCCGACCACCACUUUGCCUCCGGUGCAACAGAGUUGGGCAUAUCCGGCGACAAUGUCGAACACCACGCUGCAGUAACUGUCACCGCUACGGUCACCCUGCAGAUGCAUGCGUCGGAACCUACGCUGACAAGCUUCGUAGAAAUAGACCAGCUGAGGAUGAUACCAUCACCGAUCAUCUCAUGGACGUGACCGAAGUUGUGGAUGCAACUGGAGAAACACUCCCUGAGACUCAUCGACAAGAACAGAUUAAGCCGUCAUCGGCUGACAUUAGCCUCAGCCAGAAGCCUGCGAGCGAGGAUGAGACUAAGAUGUCCCUUGUGUUAACGUGCACCAUAAGGCCCAUUGUGCAUCACCUCAUCAAGAAGGGAGUGGUGCACCUCUGGAGCAGUGUUUAG